AUGGCAGGACAGGGGCUUCAGUCCGUCCAGAACGGAGCAGAAUGCAUAGAGGCGAGUGACCCAUCAAUCAAACCAGAAAUGAAGUCAAAUGUUGCACCUGUGGCAACCGAAGGGCAUUUUCCGACAGACGUCGUACAAAACCUGGGGGACGUUGUCAGCAACCGUAAAAUGCCAUUGAGCGCUGUCUCUAAAGAUUAUCCUGACCAGAUCCAAGAGCUUGAUGGCAUUGAAAGAAUGUUCUCAGACGGGUACGCCCAGACAUGGAGCAUUGAGGAUCUGGAAGACGCCGUCAGCAUUAUUCAUAGAGUAAUUAAUAUCACCCCUCCUGAUCAUCCGGAUAUGGCACUGUGGUUGAGCAACCUUGGGAACAGGCUCCUGACUCGGUUUAAUCGAACAGGCAACAUUACAGAUCUUAAGAAAUGUAUUCACAGCGCCAGGAGGGCAAAUAAAAUCACCCCUCAAGGCCACCCAGAUCUAACAGGACUGCUAAACAAUAUUGGUAUUAUGCCAUUACAUCGGUACAACCGUACAGGAUCUAUCGACGACCUGGAAGACACCAUCAACAUUACCCGCAGAGCGAUUAAUCUCACCGCUCCGGAUCUUUUGAAUUUUGCCAAAUUGUUGAGCAGCUUUGCAGACUGA